UCCUUAAUGUCAAAAAUCUAACCUAAAAUGAAAAAAUUGUGAAUUACCAAUUUGUUAUUUUUAGGUAAUGAACGUUGGUUACAUAUUUUGAAAUAUGGAAUAAAUCACUGUUUUACAUGAAUCCAAUUUAUCAAGUUACUAGUUAAAUAGUGAAUUAUUAAAAUGAACGAUGUCAAGGAAAAUUCGAAUUUUAAAAGUUAUAUUGGAGAAUCAGAACUUGAGUCUAUCACUUUAGACGACGUGCAACGAAUAAAACUUUUAGAUGGUGAAACAAUUGUACAAGAAGAAUCAAAAGUAAUCCUGUAUCAACCAUUAAGUGAUAAACAAAAGUAUGGAAUGGGAAAUUUAGCAGUUACCAAUUUCAGAUUAUCAUUCAUGACUGCCGAUGAACUGGAACCUUCAAAUUGUUAUCAGCAAAAUUUGUUACUAGGUAUAAACGAAAUUUGUUUGUCUUCCAUUGACGUUGUUUAUCAAAUCGGCGAUAGAUCCAAAAAGAAAUUAUUACCAGGACAAAAUGUCACUGGAAAAAUCAAAGAUAUACUGAUCAUUUGUAAAAAUAUGAAAAGUUUUGAGUUUAGUUUCAAACAUAGUUCUAAGGACGGUGGCAAGAAGAUAGUCAAUGCUUUGUUACAUCAUGCGUAUCCUAAAAGACAUUCUUUAUUAUUCGCUUAUGAUUAUAAGGACCCUUACGUGAAUAAUACUUUAAAUAGGGAAGCCAGAUUUUUUGAUAAGAAGCCUGACUGGGAAAAAGAACUUAAAAGAACGAAAUGUCAAAAUUGGAGGAUAUCACUAGUAAAUUUCAAUUACCAGGUGUCCCCGUUGUUAAUAGAAACUAUAAUUAUUCCACAAUCUGUUACCGAUAAUAUACUAAAGGAGGCUGUUGAAAAAUUCAGGAACAGAUUUUGUCCUAUAUGGGUAUGGGGAACAAGUAAAGGAGCUGCACUAGUCAGAAUGGCGGAUCUUUUGCCAACAAUUACAGAUCGUACAGAAGAGAAUAAGCUCUUAGAACACAUUCGUAAAAGUCAUCCGGACAAAAAACCACCACAUAUAAUCGAUCUCUCCUCACCCACCCCCAAAGAUAUUCAAAGUAGUUAUAUAAAACUUAGAGACCUGUGUACACCGGAUAAUACGAGAGUGUUCAAAAAUCAAGAUUUUAAAUUUUAUGGUUUAUUGGAUAGUACAAAAUGGCUGUUAUAUGUAUCCAUUUGUUUAGCUAAAGCGCAGGAGGCAGCCGAGCAUCUAAAUAUAAACGAACUGACUGUUGUUCUACAAGAAGGAAACGGUCAAGAUCUCAACUGCGUGGUUUCUAGUCUUACUCAGCUGCUGUUAGACCCGUAUUUUCGAACGAAAUUCGGUUUCCAAUCGCUAAUUCAAAAAGAAUGGAUCGCUCUAGGCCAUCCGUUCGCCAAUAGACUCGGUCACAUUUUAUGUAAAGAUAUUGAACCAUCGCCUAUAUUUUUGUUAUUUCUCGAUUGCGUUUGGCAGUUAUUACAACAGUUUCCUAAUGCUUUCCAAAUAAGUGAAACAUAUUUAACCACCCUCUGGGAUUCUGCUCACGUGUCAGUGUUUGAUACAUUUUUGUUUAACAGCCAUCAUGAUAGAUUCAUAGCGGAGAACGGAUCAAUGAUAUUACGGAGCGUUUGGGAUUGGAGGGAACAAUUUACAGAAAAAGACAUCGGUCUUUUUUGUAAUCCAUUAUUUGACGACAGCAUUUGUGAACAACUUACCCCUAAAACUGGUGUAUCGGCCUUAGAUGUUUGGCUGCAAUGCUACUUUAGAUGGUUACCAGAUUUAGAAAUUCGCAACGGUGGUAAACCGCAAGUGGAUUUAUUCUGUCGAUAUCUAGUCUCAGAAAUAUUACAAACACAACAAAAUAUGGGUGAAAUGAACGGCAAGCUAAAUAAAAAUAAGGAUCAAUAUUUAGAGUUGAUAAGAAAAGUGAAUAGCUUCUUUCCUUUUAGCCAUAAUUCUAGUUCGGUGUCUGGUGAAAUUACCAACAGUGUGUUAUUGACCGGAGACGUUCUAGAUACACAAUCUAUACUCAAUUUUAAUAACGAUUGAAGUGCCUGAUAGCUUUUUAGUAUAAUCACUGCACCAGUGUAAAGAAAAAAUGCGAAUAGUGUCAUUAUUCUUUUAUGUCAAAUAAUUCUAUAUAAAUCUUACCUCAAAUAAUCUAAUUACAUUCACAUAUUUCAAUUUAUUUUAUAAUUUGUGCAGUUUUUUGAAAAUUAUCUUGAUAAAUUGAAAACUAAUACAUUUUUUGCUACAAAUCUUGUAAAUCAUAUCCCGCAGCUUGUGUGAGGACAUUUUCUUGAAAAUAUUUCCGAAAGAAUUAGUAAAAUGGCAAAAUGUACAUACCAUGAGCAUUUUAUUUUACUUUUGAUAAGGAAUCAUAAGUAUAACAAACAAUAAGGUCUUCCUAGAUAUUAAUUCUAUAAAAACGGCCAUAACAUCAUGUAAAUAAAUUAUAAAAAACAAUAUCAAGAAAUUCCCACCGUAUAUUGCGAAAAUGUCCGCAUCCGCCAAACUUUUGAUUCUAUUAGCCUAAUAGAACAGGACCGGCCUCACGAUCUACGUCAGUAGACGAGUUUGUAACAUUACUUAUAUACAUCCAGCAGAUUUAUGCUUAUUUUACUAAAUCAGUUUUAUUUAGUUCAAAAAUAUUUUAGUUUUAACUGAAACAUUCAAUAUUUAGAAAAUAGUUGAAAUAUAAACUUUCUUUUCGAAACUAAUACUUGGAUUUUUUAAAAUAAAUAAAAUAUCCUAUUGGACUAUUAAAAUGUGAUAGUGAAAAUCAUUGGGGCUUAAAAAUUUUAGAUUUAGACCACUAGUGCUGCUAGUUAUUAAAAUUGUGGUACGAAACUUUUGAUUCUGACAAAAUUUGUAGUAAAUGUUGAAAUUUUCACAUAUUUAAAUCGAAUUUGCCUAUUUUCACUAAAACAUACAUUAUACUGUUUAGUUUUUCGAUAUCCCGGCUCGAAGGACCAGACAGUGUUCCAUAAAUAAUGCUAUGCGCUGGUGCAGUAAAAAGACAUAGUUCCCUGCAAAUUUUUCAUUCCUUAACUAUUUACUGCAGAUAUAUUUGAGAUUAACUGAAAUUUUGCAAUAUUUUUUGUGUAUCUAAAACUAAUUCAGUUUAUGUAUAUCACAAAAUAACCAUGAAUAUCCUGUUUUUAUUCAAACAACUUCUUAUGAAUCAUAUAAUGUUUCAAAAGGAAUUUUCUUCCUAUAAUUAGUCUUCUGGGUAAAUUAAUAUUUUGUUUGGGGUAAAAAAUAGUGUCACUACAUAUCAAUGUUGAUGUUUGAAAUACCACUACACCUACCAGCGACUUGUGUUAAGCUCAAAGGACUAAUUUAAUUGUGAGUGUUGAUGAAGUGAUGGUAAAUAAAAUUUAUAGUAUGAGUAUCACAAAUUGUUCUAUAAAAUUCCCACUUGAGCAAUGUUUGAGCUACAAAAAUAAAACUUUUCUUCCAUAGUAUUGUCUGCAAAUCAAAUUGAUUCUAUGAAAAUGUGUUUUACAAAAUGGAAAAAGGUAAUCACUAUUUUUUCACUAAAAUUAGUUUUUUUUUGGUGAAAUAUUUCGUUUUAUACUGUGACUCAGUAGAUAUUCUGUCAUUUCACUUAGGCGCUUCAAGUUUUUGGGUGAAAAUAUCAAUUGGCCUGCAAGACAACAUUUUUGAUUUCCAAAUUUUAAACCAAUGCAGAUAAUUAAAUCCAAAGUUUCCUAAGUAAAUGUCAUUUAGAUACUUAUCUUACCACGUAGAACUACAGCCCUAUGUGGGCAUUAGCCUAUAGAAUUGUGUCCGGUGACUUGGUGCAUCAUCAUACAAUUUGGAGAUCAUUAGGGAGUCUUUUAAACAUUUUAAAAAUUACAUGUCCAAACCAUUAGAUUUGUAACGAAUAAUGCCACUUUCUUUCGAAUUUCAUUUGAACAAUUUAUAAGUUAUUGUGAUAUGCAUAAACAUUUUUUUUAUUUAAUAUACUUUAAGGUAUAAAACAGUAUUCAGCAGAUCAUCGAUAUUACAUAUAAUCCCAUUUGUAUUUUGUAUAAUUAAACGUUCAAUUAUUUUGUUACAAUAACUACCUGAAGUAUUUUUGAAAUGGUGUUAUUUUUAUUUAAGUGUAUAACUUUAAUGUACAACUUAUCUAUAAUUCAGUGAUAAUUUUGUUUUUAAAACCAAAAAUGUUUAUUUAUGUUUUAUUUAUAAAAAUAAACGAUUUUCAUUUA